AUGUUAGAAACUCCAGGGUUACUGGGCACUGAUGUAUCACUAGGGACACAAUUGUUGGAAAUACAACAGUCAGUAGAGAUCUGUCCAGAACCACAUGCAUUUCUGUUGGUAUUUAGCUCCGAAACCGGUAUUACAAAAGAUGAAGAAUACACUAUAGAUUUACUUCGUGUUGCAUUUGGCGAGAAAGUGUUUGAUCACUGCAUUGUUGUAUUUACACAUGGAAAUAAGUUUGAUUCAGACCAGGAAUUCGAAAAGUUUUGGAAGCAGUCAGGAAUGAUAGUUAAGCUUGUAAAAAGUUGCGGAGGACGAAUAGUAAGGAUAGAGAACAAUGAUCAGAUUAAUCCUAUAAACGUUUUUAUUGAUUUGAUAGAAGCCAUGUCUGACAAAGGAAACAAAACAUAUCACUACCCAUGGAUAAAAGAACACAAACGUGUGUUGCAAGCAUACAUAGACAAAUACAAUGGCAUUGGGUAUUUACGACAUCAGCUGUCAGUUUUAGCACACGCCCUUGGCAAAGUUCUUGCUUCUGAAGUGUGGAGAGUUAUGCUUUUUGGGGGAAUAAUUAUUUCACCCAGUGCUUUGGGAGUUAGUUCUGCUGGUUAUAUUGGUUAUAUGGCUGCUGGUAUGCAUCUUCCGGAACUCUCGGACCAGCUAUAA